GCUGGGGGAGCGGUGGAUCUCUGCCGGGGUUUCUGUCUCAAUCCGUGCAAUAAUCCAGCUCAGUGAGUAGAAACAACAGCGAGUUGUACUAAUAGUUCUGACUCUGCUCAUGUCUUUCCCUCCAAAGUAAAACACAACCUCGCCCCGUUCCACCCCUUGACCCGCAGGGGAGUAGCUGAUGGCAAGGGCAGAGCUCAGAGAGGAGGAACCGGGAUCGGACUCUGUUCCCGAGGGCAGGUUGGGUUUGUUCCGGUGCAGAGAUUGUCCUUCCUUAUUCACAGGAAAAAGGCAACGAUUUAUAAAAAUGCAAGUUAGUGAACUCUGCUGGAAGAAGGAAAAAAGCUUCUUUCACAUCUUAUUUUUAAUUGACUAAAAUUUGGACACAAUUAAAAGAGAGGAAGCAUCUCUUACAGGGUGGUAUCAGCACCAGGGAGCAGAGGAGAGCCUCUUGCAGAUUUAAUUUUGCCAGGCUUGAGAUUGCAGCCCAUCUCAACAGCUGCUGGUGCCAAAAGGAACCCAGGAACAGUGACUGAGGAGUUACCUGAAAGACUCCUGCAGCAGUGAGACCCUCUACCAGAGCAAAUCAGGCACACUGGAAUCAAAUGCUGAGAGAAAAUGUUUGCAGCUUAUUUUGAUUGCCCAGGAGGCCCAGAAAAUCUCUAUAUGAAAGAAGUGAUGAAACCAAGUCCAGGACAAGGAGAAGUUCUUGUGAAGGUCUCUGCCAGUGCUCUGAAUAGGGCAGAUUUACUCCAGAGAAGAGGGAAGUACCCUCCCCCGGAAGGAGCAAGUGAUAUUUUGGGCUUAGAAGCAGCUGGGAGUGUGGCUGGGCUGGGCCCUGGCUGCAGGGGCCAGUGGAAGAUCGGCGAUGCAGUGAUGGCUCUGCUCUCCGGAGGAGGUCAGGCACAGUACGUUACAGUUCCUGAGGGCCACCUGAUGCCAAUCCCCAAAGAUAUGACUUUUAUCCAGGCUGCAGCCAUUCCCGAAGCCUGGUUAACAGCAUUUCAGCUGCUGCAUUUUGUAGGUAAAAUACAGGAGGGCGAGACAGUGCUGAUCCAUGCUGGAGCCAGCGGAGUUGGCAUGGCAGCCAUUCAGCUGGUGAGACUGGCUAAAGCAAUUCCCAUCGUGACAGCAGGAACUCAAGAGAAACUGAAAGCAACAGCAAACGCCGGAGCAGCUGCAGGGUUCAACUACAAGAAUGAAGAUUUUAGUGAAAAAGUCUUGGAGUUCACCCAAGGUUCUGGAGUGGAUAUUAUUUUAGACUGUGUUGGUGGCUCAUACUGGGAGAAGAAUCUCAACUGUCUGAGUACUGAUGGCCGGUGGAUUAUUUAUGGACUACUGAGUGGAGGUGAAGUCCAUGGGGAUUUGCUAGCAAGGCUGCUCUCCAAAAGAGCCAGCAUCCACACGAGUCUAUUACGGUCACGAGACAAGGAGUAUAAGGAGCGGCUGGUGAGAGCCUUCACAGAGAACGCGCUGCCCUAUUUUUCCGGAGGGGCUUCCCCGCGUCUCCAGCCGCUCGUGGACAGCGUUUACCCCCUGCACAAGAUCGCAGAGGCACACGGGGUUAUGGAGGAAAACAAGAACAUCGGCAAAAUCGUCAUCGAAGUGCCCGUUUGCUUAAAGAAAGGGCCUCUGCUGUAGCUGUGCUGGGUGACAGGGUCACCGCGGGUGUUGGACUGCAGAGAUCCUGCCGCUUUCUGCUCCAAACCGGGAUCGCUUACUGUGGGCGCUGAGGAGGGGCAGAGGAUUACGGGAAGCGUUUAUUGAAAAGGUGGCGAGGAGGGGAAAAGGAUAACGGGAGGCGUUUAUUAAAAAGAGGUUCGUGUUGCA